AUUAGCAUAUAAAAACCAAAAUGCCUUAGAUUGUUUUGUACUAGAAAUUUAACUUUUAUGAAAUUUAUAGCAUUAAAAACAGAAAAAACUAUCCAUAAAGAACGUUUUCUAUCCUAUACUGUGGGCCCAUGAUCGCAGUGCCAAGGAUAUUUUCUCUCUAUCCUUUGCUGCUGAUUGUGGCGGGAUUUUGAUUUAGGAUGUGUAUGGUUAGAAAAUAUAGAAUUUAAAGGAAAAUGAAUAAUACAAAUUGUGAAAAAUUGUCGAGCCCGUCUGAAUUCCCUUUUCCGUUUCAGCCAUACGAUAUUCAAUUAAAAUUUAUGCAAAACAUUUACGAUACUGUGGAACGGGGUAAUUUGGGAAUUUUCGAGAGCCCCACCGGAACCGGAAAAUCUUUAAGUAUUAUUUGUGGAGUAUUAAAAUGGUUAGAAGACCACAACCAUUCACAGAUGGAGACAUUGUCAAACAACAUUGAAUCUCUAGAAUUAGAGAAAGCAAAACUCGCUGAGGACUCGAAAGACUGGUUUACAUCGCAAACUAGAGCAAUGGAAAUUUCUCAAAAAUUGGAUUUAUUGAAGUGUGAGGCAAACAAGAGACUCGAAUACAAUAAAAAAAUUGAAGAUAUAAGAAAAUGUGGUGAAAAAAACAAAGUCAAAAUAUUUAAAGCUCGAAAGGCAAAUAUAGGAAAGGAUACAGAAGACUCAGGACACAUUACAGAAUUGGAAGACAAUGACAUUUUAUUACUGGACGAAUUAACAAGUCAAAAUGAUAAUAUAAGUGAUGAUGAAUCUCACAAUGAAGAGGAGAAAUUUACAUAUAAACCUACCAAAAUUCUUAUAGCAAGCAGAACACAUUCACAAUUAUCUCAGUUUAUUGGAGAAAUAAAAAAGUCUCCAUUUGCUCAACGGGUCCGCAUCACAUCUCUGGCAUCAAGGCAAAACUAUUGUAUCAAUCCCUGUGUCAGACAACUAAAAAAUAUGUCGUUGAUUAAUGAGAAGUGUUUAGACUUACAGAAGAAAACAUCAAAAAUGUCUAAAAUUGAUGAUUCUGAACGUAAAACAUUGAAAAAACAAAAGCUAUCAAAUUGCCAGUGUCCAUAUUUUAAAUGCGCGGCCAUUGAAGAAUUGCGUGAUUGGAGCCUGACUGGAGUACAUGAUAUUGAAGACUUGGUUCAGGCAGGCAAGGAGUUAAAGGCUUGUCCAUACUAUGCCAGUCGAAAAGCUGCCGAAGAUUCUGAAAUAGUUUUGAUGCCCUACAAUACAUUACUACAUAAGCCCACUCGAGAAGCAAGCGGAAUUGAUUUAAAAAACAAUGUGGUCAUUAUAGAUGAAGCUCAUAAUCUGCUGGAAGCAUUAACUCAAAUGCAUAGUUCAGAUUUGACUUACCUACAACUUUAUCACUCAUUAAAUCAGUUAAAGAACUAUAAACAAAAAUAUUGCACAUUAUUUUCUGCUGCCAGUUUGUUAAAAAUUAACCAAUUAAUAUUUGUGGUCAAUAAACUUUAUCAGAUGUUAGAAAAAGAGGUCAAAGAAGAUGUCACCGAAAUCAGUACCCUGGAAAACUUUGUUUUCACAGCUGGAGUUGGGAAUUAUAACAUAUUUGAUCUAAUAAAAUUUUGUAAGGAAAGUAGACUAUCUCAAAAGAUAAGAUCUUAUAUUAUUAAAUACCCGAUAAAUGAAGAAAUUGCAAAAAACAAAUCAAAAAAAGGUAUCACAAACUUUUUGCAGAGUAUAGAAAAUAAAAAAUGUUCUAUAAAUCAGCAAAAAAAACUGGUUGAUCCUGUUCCAAAUUUGGUAGGAACCCCAUUGAUACAUGUAAUAUCUUUCUUGGAAUCAUUGACAUACUCAUGUCAUGAUGGUCGAAUUCUACUUUCAAUAAGACGCAACAAGCAGGAGAAUAGAAUGCAAUUUUUGCUGCUGAAUCCUGCUUCUCUUAUCAGCGAUUUUAUUAGAGAUGCCAGAUCGGUCAUUGUAGCCGGAGGGACAAUGAAACCAAAUUCUGAGUUUAGGGAUCAAUUAUUUAUCAAUGCAGGGGCCCAAUCCAAUAGAAUUGUGGAGUUUUCAUGUGACCAUAUAAUUCCGGCUAAUAAUAUCCUGCCUAUAAUUUUAACAAAUGGAGCAAAUCAAGAAGAUUUACUGUUUAAUUACACCAACAGAAUGUCUAUGGGUCCAGCACUGCAAGACAUUUUAUUACAAGCAUGCAAAUUCGUCAAAGGUGGGAUAGUAGUAUUUUUUCCUUCGUAUAUGUACGAAAAUUGGGUUUGGGAGCAAAUGAAGAAUCUAAAUUUUAGAAGGCCAUUGUUUAGGGAACCCCAGAACGCGGAACAAGUAGAAUCGGUUUUGGAUAAAUAUGCCAGAACAAUUAAAAAAUCCACAAGUGGCGCCAUAAUGUUUAGUGUUGUAGGAGGUAAACUAAGUGAAGGAUUAAACUUUAGUGACGAUCUAGGACGGUGCAUUAUAGUGGUUGGUUUGCCAUACGCUAACAUCAUGGCUGCAGAUUUAAAGGAAAAAAUGUUAUAUCUUGAUAAACAACAGGGGCAAGGUGCUGGACAGGAUUUUUAUGAAAAUCUCUGUAUGAAAUCAGUUAACCAGUGUAUAGGUCGAUCUGUAAGACAUAUAAAUGACUACGCCACUGUUUUACUUUUAGAUCACCGAUAUAAUAAACCGACCAAGAAAAACGCACUGCCUGAUUGGAUUAAAAGGUCUUUAAAAGUUUGCAAUUUUCAAGAGGCAUUUGCAAACAUUGGAAAAUUUUUUACAGCAAAAACGCAAGCAAUAUAAAAACCAUUUAUUUAAAUAGCAUAUAACUUACAAAAAAUAAAAUCAAUUUUGUAUGAUCUCAAUCCGAUUCCUUUUCGAAUAGUGUUUUAUUUUAGUUUCUAGGCUGUC